UCAUGAAGCUGCUCUUUAUUUUCACCUUUGCCUUAAUUUACUUUCUGGAAGCAGAAGGCACAUCAAAGUGUCCCUCUGAGCAAUCCUGUGGGUAUGUAAGCGAAUCAAGAGCGGUUUGUAUUUUGGAUGAAGACACAAAUUGUAUAAGAAAAUAUAAAUCAGCCUGUCACUUGGCGAUUGCCAGCUGUCUUAAUCGACAAUUACAAUUCAGCGACUACAGCAGCGAGUAUUGCGCAAUGGAAGGUUGGCUGUGCGAAGAGCCUCCCUACGAACGCUGGACGCUCUUUUUUGGCCAAGAAGAGGCCGAUUGCGAGAAGACCGUGGAGAUCGCCGACGACAAAUGUGUAAAUUAUUAGGUGGCAUUUCAAUAAAUAAUCAAUCAGCGGGCAACGAGCCGUUCACGUGCGAGACGACGAUGAAUACGUCAAAGACCGGUAGGAGGCAACCGAGUGCCGCCAGUGUUUUUUCCCACUCAAUGAGACAGAACGACGCCUCGAGCCUUUUAUACGAUAUUUUCAGCUUUUUUUACACUUUUUUUGCGCUUUUUGUGUUAUUUUUGUGUCUUCGUCGGGUGCUUUGCAUAAUCUCCCGCGGCGGCGCCACAGCCUAUUGGCCUCCUGCUCCAUCGCCAAUCAGCGGAGAGCUCCAGUCCGGCUCCAUGUGGAUAUAUAAAAAGUGGACCCAUCGCAGAUUCGGUUGUCAGUUAAAGUCCAUCAAUCGAAUCAAUUCCAGCAAUACCAUGAGCAGCGCGCCGCUUAAGUUUUAUCUGAUAAGUCUGCUCGUUAUCUGCGCGAUCGGUUGGAGUGCUGGGAUGCCGAGACGGAGACUUACUCGAUGGGAACUCGAAGAACGCUAUAAAAAAAUGCCGCCGGUUCCCGAUGAACGAUAUGGCGAUGCCGAACUGGAUUAUGCUUUCAAACAAAUUACAUGGCCCAAACGACCACCGAAGCUAAAAAUUAGAUUGUGUUCUAUUUAG